AUGCACUCCUCAGACCCCUUCGACGACGACGACCUAUUCGACAACCCAGACGUACUCCUCGCUGUCGAAGCUGCUGAACAGAGCCUCGGCAAGCCCCCCGCCCGCUAUCAUCACAAUGUCGCUGCACCGCGCAGUGUCGCACCUUUUGGGCGCAGGAGAGACGGCACGCCGCGCGAUCCUGCCCCGCUCAACGUAGCGCCCGGCUCUGUCGCGGGAGGGUUCGGCUGGGAACAUGGUGGGAAGCGCGUGGCCGAAGGCAACGUUGCUCGUCACGUCGAGGCGGUCAAUAAGCGGCAGAUACGCGACGAAGAGCCAAUCGACUUUAUGAUCGACUCUACCGGUAACUAUGCCCAACCUGAUGCCGUCGGUCGGCCACCGCAACUCCCUAGCUCGCAAAGCGCUGAAGCAAGGCGUCAGGCUAUUGCCGGUGCUCCCUCUGCGUUCUCCCGGUCGGUAUCUGCCAACGCCCUGCCGCUUCGACAACCCGCCCAUCGUCCAGCACUGGAGCCCAUCGCUUCUCAAAGCUCGCAAGGAGGGGCGGUACGGAAGCUACAUCUCGACUUGGAGGCCGAGCGGGAAAGAAGGGAGGCGCUCGAGCAGGAGCUCGCUAGUCUCCGCCAGGGCCCCAACGCCGAGCUGCAGAAUAGAGUGUACGAGGCGGAAGGCAAAGCUGCGACUUUGGAGAGGAACAAGCUGAAGGAUAUAUCGCGCUAUGUAACCGAAGCGGACAAGCUCAAAUCCAACAUUGACGCCUUACAACUGCAAAUGCAAGCCAAAGAGAGGGAAUACAAGCAGCAGCUGGAGAGUCUCAAAUCCCAAGCGGUAUUUAAUCAUCACGCAGUUGUUAGUAACAGGCGACCGCCCCCAUCUCCAAGGCACAGUCAGAAACCUCCGCAAUUCAAAGGCCUCGUCAAUGCUUUCGGGCCCAGCCGCAAGCGACAACGGACAGAAACGCCCCCUCCCUCGGCGCCUGAGCCUGAGCCCGAGCCCGAACCUGAAAUUCAACCAGAUCUCAAGACAGAGCUAUCACACCAUCUCUUCAAUUAUCGAUACGAAUCGCCCCUCCGCAAUGAGCCCACCCUCUUCUACAUCCUCCGCGACCCCGAUAUUGAUCCUGCAGCCAGUGCCGACAUCCUCAAAGUCUGCGGGGAUCCAGAUCUCAACUAUGAGAGUGUUAUACAACAGCUCGCGGCCAGCUUUGCAACCAUCAUCGACCAGACAAACAGCACCCUGCCCCUCUCCGACAUUCUUCACCUGUUUUCGCGCACGGCCGUCCGUCAUCCCUCUCUGGUCGAGUCCAUGCCCCCAGGGCUCAGCACUCGACUAUACAACCUGACAAAUUCAUUUGUUCGCAAAGAGCUCGCGGGUGUGAUUGCAGAUUGCAAUGAGGCGGUCUGCUACAGCGGCACCCAUCUUUGGCAAUCCACCGAGCUCGUCGAUCUGAUCCUACUCUAUGUCGAGGCUGGCUUAACUUCUCGCGCGGUAGACCUAUUCUUUGCCGCUUCCUGUUCGACAAGCUACUUUCGCGCUCUCGUCGGCCCAUCUGCCAAAGAUAGGGGUCAACCGCUCCUGACUGACAUGGCCAAAAGGAUCGUGCUUGCGGACCACCGGGAUGCGCUGUAUCUCAUAAGGGCAUUCGCCAUGUUGUCGGUAUCCGAUCCCAACGGCGUUCUCCUGGUCGCCGAACGGACCCCCCUCGUCGCCUCCCUAGUCCUGCUGUUGCAUCGCGAAAGCGGCCAGAUCUGGGGUGUUGACCGGACGACCGAUUACGAGUGA